AUGCUACCACCAUCUUUGGACCCUGAAGAGCGUGCUUGUCUUGGUGUUGGCCAAGGUCUUGGAGGGACGACCUUUGACCAGGGUCCAAAAAAGGAUGAUGGCCCUGACAACGGGACACCUUGUCCUCCGGGCGGGAUCCAGGCCUCAGGCCCAGCGCGAAGCCCACGCCCGAGGGAAGCCCAGUUCCGCCGUCUGAGGUGGAAGCCCCGCCCCCCGGUUCCCGGCAGGAAGCGGAAGUGGUGUCACGCGCUCGCCGGACUUUCUUCGCCUGCUGCUUCGCGCAGUAUUGAGCACGUUGAGCUGCUGGUGGUUGGACGUGGGCCCGCUGUGACCGCCCGACAGGCCGCUGAGGCCGGCGGUUCUGGCGCGGAGCCGCUGUGGUCCUGCUGGGAGGGCGCGUGCGCGGGGUGUUCGUGGCCACUGUGCUCGCCUGUCCUGCAGUGUGCAAGCGGCCUUUGUGACUUUUGUCCCAAAGGAAAAGAGUUUCUGCUGCUGGGAGUGGCCCAGACUCCGCCGCGUUACUCGCAGCCUCAGGGACCCGGCCGGAAUCCUUUCUCCCAUCCUGAGGAAAACACAGAGGUAGAAGGGAUGGUGGCUGUCAGGCCGAAAAAUUAUAAUCAGAUUGCAGUGACCUUUGACGACGCAGUAACCUUUGACGACGUGGCAUUGGACUUCACCCAGGAGGAGUGGAUAUUACUGGACCUUGCUCAGAGAAACCUAUACAGAAACGUGAUGCUGGAGAACUACCAGAACCUGGUCACAGUAGGAUAUCAACAGUCAAAACCCAGCCUAGUAGCUAGGUUGGAACAAGAAGAGUUGAGGACAGUGGAGAAAGGAGUUUUCCCAGAAUGGCAAACUCAACAUCAAAGCAAAGAGUCACCAUCUCUCCAGGAUUUGGGGGAAGGAAAAACAGCCAGAGAAAUUAAAAAAGAAAGGAUCCACCAGGGAGCAGAGCUCUCUGAGUAUGAGCAAAGUGGGAAAAUCUUAAGCCAACACUUACUCCUUAAGACACACAUGAGAACGGAAAAUAGAGAGAACACUUUUGAGCAUACUCAGUAUGCCAACAGCUUCCGUCCUCUGCAAAAGGAAAGCUCUACGAGAGAGAAGCUUUCUGAAUUGAGUCAGGGUGGUAAAGUCUUCCACCUGACUCCACACAGCAUGUAUGAGAGAACCAGUCUGGCAGAGAAGCCUUCUGAAAAUAGUGGCUGUGGGAUGACGUUCAUUAGUCAUUCCCACUUUCAGACACAGGGGAGAAGUCACGGUGGAGGAGACCUCGAUGAAUGGAUGCUUCCAUUUCCAGGGAUCUCAGUUCCCUCAGCAGGUCACCCUGUGUAUAUGCAAAGGCACACGGUUAGAGACCCCUAUGAAUGUAGGGAGUGUGGGAAGUGUUACGCAAAUGUGAAACGUCUCAAUAAACACAUCAGUCGAUUUCACGCUGGAAUAAAACCGUUUGUAUGUAGCGAAUGUGGAAAAUCUUUCUACACUUCCUCACACCUUUAUAUACAUUUUAUGAUUCACACUGGAGAGAAGCCCUAUGAAUGUAAAGAAUGCGGGAAACACUUCCAGUGGCCCUCAAUGCUUCGUAAUCAUGUUCAAACUCACACUGGUGAGAAGCCUUAUAAAUGUAUGAUAUGUGGGAAAGCCCUCAGUAGUUCCUCAUAUCUUAAUCAUCAUUUGAGAAUUCAUACUGGAGAGAAGCCCUUUGAAUGUCAGGAAUGUGGGAAAUGCUUUGCUUGGAUUUCAGGCUUUCGUAGACAUGUUCAAACUCACAGUGGUGAGAAGCCCUAUAAAUGUAAGGAAUGCGGGAAAGCCCUCAGUAGUUCCUCAAUUCUUAAAGCACAUUUGAGAAUUCACACUGGAGAGAGGCCAUAUAAAUGCAAGGAAUGUGGGAAAGCCUUCAUUAACUCCUCACGACUUAAUGAACAUUUGAGAAUCCACACUGGAGAGAAACCCUAUGAAUGCAAGGAAUGUGGGAAAUCCUUCCACCUUUCUUCAAGCUUAGUUGGACAUUUAACAGUUCACACUGGAGCAAAACCCUAUCAAUGUAAGGAAUGUGGAAAAGCUUUUGCUUGGCCCUCAUUCCUUAAAAAACAUUUACGAACUCACAAUGGAUAGAAGACCUAGGAAGUGGUGAACGUGGGAAAUUCCAUUUGAGAACUCACACUAGAGCGAAGCCCUGUGAGUGUAUGGAAUGUGGGAAAGCCUACACCACUUCCACAUCUGUAAAUACACAUUUGAAGUCCCACUGGAGACAAGUCCUUUGAAUGUACACACUGACUGAAGGCCUUCACUGUUUCCUCAAGCCUAACUCAACCUGUAAAAAUUGACCCCAGAGAGAAACUGUGAAUGUAAAGAAUGUGAUAAAGCCUUCACAUUGUCGUCAUGACUUACUAAAACGCCUAAAAAUGCACAAUGGAUAGAAGACUUACAUACAUGAUAAACGUGGGAAAGCCUCAGUUUUUCCAGUUCAUUUCAAAAACACGAAAGAAGCCACAUUGGAGGGAUACCGACUGAAUAUGAGAAAUGUGGGAAAGUCUACAGGUGUCCCAUUGAAUACAUGGAAGAACUCCUUAACUAGAUCUUGUAUGAAGUUAGCAAUGUUGGAAAGCAAUCAGGACACCCUACAACCCACGCUGGAACAACAGUGAAGUUGUUCAAUGUGUAAGAGACGUGUGGAACUCCGCUAAUAGGGUGGUUUUGUAGACCUGUGAACAUGUGCCGCUCUACCCCCACUAUUUUUGGGAAUAUUUUGGGUUUCUUUAUUCAGCUGUCUGUGCUAUGCUAGUUGAGUUUCUACACCAGGUUGCAGUCUAGACCCAUGUGAGACUAGCAGUUUUAGAUUUAAUGCUAUUCAAACCACCUGGGUUCUCUAGUUGUAUGGACCUUGUCUAAUACUGUGAAGAUGGUGACCACUUGAAUUAGUUCACUGCUCAUGGAAUCCAUCUGUAUUCCCUCCUGCUGGCCAAGGUGGGUGACAUAUGUCUCUAAAUUUUCUGGAAAUGCUCUUGUCCCUCUCACACUUGAUCCCUUUGGGUCAGGAAAGAUUUUAGGAAUGGUGUGGGUAUACAUCCUAAUUUCAUGGUCCUAGAAGGAGAGCAAGACUCCCAGUAGUAGGGAAGGAAAUAUUGUGUUAAUUUUUGGUAGCUUCCCAGUGAGAGGCUGGGAAUGGAGAAUGUUCUUUGUUCUUACAUCACCACAUCCUGGAAGAACAAUUAUGUCAUUUGUGUGUGUGUUCAGGAACAACUGCAUCUGGCAUGUGACUUGGUUAGUUUCUCAUCCUUUUGUAUGCUAUGAAACACAAAACCAUGUGAUUAUGGCAGGUCCUGGUAUCCUGAUGUACUUGAUGCAUCACUGGCAGUUCUUGAAAGUGGUCUUUGGAUAGAGACACAGACCAUCACAACCUAGUUUCAAUUUUGUGUGAACACAUUCAUUACACCUGUGACACUCGAGUAGCCUUUGGUUAUGUUGUGGGUGGCCGUGGAGGCUGCAGCUGCUUAAUGUCACUUCCUGUGGGGCUUAAUGAAACCAGUGUAGAACAUUCCGGAUCAAGCUUAAUGAUAAAUCCUGAUCAGAAGUGACCUGGGCACAUUUGUGGUAUGUUUGUGUUUGGAUGAGAUUGGGUUACAGUGUGAUUCUCUUGGGUAUGGGUGUGGUCUUCACUGCUUUGAGUGGGUUGUGGCAUAUGAUACAUUGGCCUUCCUUAGGUGACAUCAUUAGUCAUCUCAAAGCCUACAUGUCUUACCUAACAGAACUUGUUCACAGUCAAAUGAGACUAAGUCCUUGACUUCACGGUAGAGGUCAGUACUGCAGGUUGGCCUUAUCUAACUACUUGGACUAGUAGUAACAGCGUUAUUAAGUGCUGCCUGAGAUAAGUCAAACAGGUGAGCUCUGAAUCUCUGGUAUUAGUGGAUAACAAAGUUAUAUAUGAAGUGGAAAAAGUGCCAGAAGUCUGUUUAUUUUUCAUGUUUUCUUAAUGAAAAGUUCUUAGUUUUGUGAGUCAGAUUUAUAAUUUUCUCAUGUAUCCAGAUAUUUUGUUGUACCUUGUUUAUAUAUAUUCUGCGAUCUCAUAUUUUUGUAUUUAUGUAACCCAUCUGAAGUACUUUAGUGUAUGGUAUGACUCUAUGUCUGAUUGUCUCUCUUGCUUAGAUAUCAAAGUUACCUGGACCAUUUACUGAAAAGAUAAUCUUUCUUUUUGUCUCUAUAGUGCCACUUCUGUCAUUGCUUAGAUUUCCAUAUAUUUGUGUGUUUCUAAGUAUGAUUAAUUGAUUUUCCAAUGUUGAACCAAUCUUGUAAUUAUAGAAAAAACUCAAUUUGGAUAUAAUGAAUUCUGUGUUUAGCCUGAAUUAUUUUAUUUACUGGCAAUUUGAGACGUCUUUUGGUAUUUAUUUUUGGGUAAUAAUGGGGUGUAGUAGUCUUUGUCAUUGCUCGAAACUUUUUUUUUUCCUUAAGUAAUCUCUAUGCCAAACUAGGGCUCAAACUCAAGACCCUGAGAGUGAGUUGAAUGCUCUACCCACUGAGCAAGCCAGUCAACCCUGAAAUUUUUAAUGAAAAUUGGCCUAUUCUUUAGUAAGUGCAUAUACUUACUUUAUGAAUCUCUAAGUCAUUUUUGCAGAUUAGAGUUAGAAUAUUUUGUGCACUGGACUUUCAACCCAUAAGCAAUGUCUCCCCCUAUAUUUGCAUGCAAAGACAUUUAGUGUAUUCUAAUCUUAAAAAAAAUUUUUUUUGUAUUUUUUUGGUCUACAUUUCUCUGAAAAUCAGUGGUGUUGAUCAUCUUUUCCUGUGUUGGCCAUCUGCCUUUUUUGGAAAAAUGUACAGUUGGGGUCCUCUGCUUAUUCUUUAAUUGGAUUUUUUUGAUGUUUGUGAUUUCUUUUUUUUUUUCUUUUGUUUAAGGAUUUUAUUUUUAAGUAAUCUCUACACCCUACAUCGGACUUGAACUCACGACCCUGAUAUCAAGAGUUGUAAUUUCCACUGAGUGAGUCAGCCAGGGGCCCCUAAUUGUGUAUUUUCUUUGUGUAUUUGGGUAUUAGUCUAUUAACAGAUAUGUCCUUUGCAAUUAUCUUCUCCCAUUCACUAUGUUGUGUUUUUUUGUUUGUUUCCUUUGCUGAUCAAUAGCUUUCAUUUGGGGGUAGUCAUCUAGGGAUUUUCUUUGUUGUGAGAUUCUUUAUUACAGGUUCAAUCUCCUUGCUCAUUAUAGGUUUGUAACAGAAUUCUUUUUUCCCUUUAUUCUUUUUCUAUUUUGUCAUUUAGUAUUGGUAGGUUUUGUGAUUUUGGGAAUUUUUCCAUUUCAUCUAGAUUAUCAGAUUUAUUGGCAUAUAGUCUCUCCCAAUCCCUUUUCCCCCUUGGAGAAUCACAGUAAUGCCCCCACUUUCAUUUCUGGUUUUAGUAAUUUAAGUCUUUUUUUCUUUUUCUAUUACUAUGUAAAUGUUGAUUACAUUGAUCUUUUCAAAAGACUUUUUGUUCCAUUGAUAGUUUGUAUUUUUUCCUCCCGUCUAUUCUUUAGUUUUUAUUGACUUCCUAAUGCUACCUAUGUUUUCUCCUUUUCCUGUGGGAGAAGGCUUGUGUUCGACCUCAGUUCUGGUCGAUCCAUUCUUCCUAUAGAAGCUGAAUUGCCUCAGUAAUGUAGUGUGUUCACCUCCAUG